AUGACCAGUCUACUAGAGAGCUACAAGAAGCUGAUGGCAGCUGCCAACGAAUUGGCACCACUGUUAGAGCAGCUGCAAACUGAACACCUUAACAAGUUCAACCUGACCUGGAAGAGUUUCCUGAGCUUCGAUGAUGAGAUCACACUUGUCGGUAGUUUGUGGCGGGAGGCAGAGACUCGAAUACAUCAGUACAAUCAAGAACAGGCAACACUGAAAGCCAAGCAACGCAUGAUGAAAGAAGACUGGGAACUCUUCAAAGCUCAAAGGAAACUUAUUCAUCAGAAAAUGUUGAGUAAGGCUAACAGUGAUCUGAGUGGCGAGGCUACGUGUCACCGUAGUUGUCCAUGUGAUGAGUGCGCCAUGAGUCACCUGCUAAGCUGCGGCGGGCUGGUCACUCCACCCCACUCACCUUCUCUGCCCCCCACCAGUGAUCACAACGGACGCGGGCGCGUGUGGAGGGAGAGGGACGAGAGCAGUCAGAAACGACAACAGAGUGUGAGUGUCACGUGUGUACGGCACCUCCCAUCACUUCACCAGUGGUGGAUUUGGAAACAGCGGGCUCAAUGAAUCUCAACCUACACGGAGGGGGAUUUCACUUGUAUCCUCACAUACAUGGUACU